CUAGAGCUGUCAGUUAUGCGAUCUGGUCGCUGUCAAGCGGAAUCCGAAAAACAAACAAAACACGAUUUCCACCAUUUCGACGGAUUUUUAGCCCCCCCUUAGCAUGGAAACUGAGGCUGCCACGCUAGAGAUAGAAGAAGUAAUUCUGAACGAUAACCAAACCGGUUAUGGCGAGGCGGAAUACUUACAUGAUGCAUCCUUAUCAGCACCAGCGGCCAACAUCAAAAUCAAAAUGAACCUACCGAUGGGAGUAGCUGUGAAACGGUCAUCUUCCCCGUCGAUCGGAAAUGGCAGGCAAGAAACUCCGCAAGUCGCGCGAAAGGUACCAAUCAUACGGAAGCCCGGCGAAGUGGUCACUCCAAACAGGAAGCUCAGCGGAGUCGUUAAAGUGUCCCCUUCUACAGUGCAAGCUCCGACGCUUGUUCGACCAAAAGUUGAAUGGUCCAGAGUCCCGGCGCCGGGUUUGAAAACUCCGCUCUCCUCCUUCACGAUAACUUCAAUCAACAGCGGGGUGCAACAGAACGUUGACGACAAUGGGAUGGAUCCAUAUACGCAGGAGGACGACGGACCGCAAGAUCCGGAUGAAGAGGAACAGCAGUAUGACUACGACACUUUGGAGGCCUCGGGGAGUGCUGACAUAACAUCCAUCGAUAGCAGGUUAACUCGGAUAGAGCAAUUGCUGGAAAGGAUCGUGGCCAAACAGGGACAACAUGACGCAGCUUUGAAGGCAUUGAAGUUCAACAUCUCAGAUCUACGAGCCGACAUGAGAAGCACUGUUAAAACAACUAAACCGAAAGAUAGCGCCAGCAACGAUAUCAGCUUUCGGCCGAUUCCAGUCAAAAGAGACCGAAAGAGGCUGGUGGUGUUCCCCGUGGCCGAUGACAAUUAUCUCCUUCGAUUGGAUGAUCUGCUCAAGGCUGAUGAAGAAAUUCGAACAGAUUUGAUAGCAUUGUUCGGGGAGGCUCCAACGAAUAGCGCGUACGAAUUUCUACGUAAAAACGUCCAGUUGCUGUUUGCACACACUUCCAAGUACACCUGGACCGGUAAAUUGAUACACCACCUGCCGAACAUACCGGCUUCCAAUCCGGCCAAUAAGUUGGCCAUCGUAGAUUUGCUGAUUUCGUGUGGAUGUGACAAAUUUCCCCACAUGGGAAGGGACGCCGUUGAGAAGGAGUUUCGGAGAUCACUAGCCAAUUUCAAUGAAUCUCGGGUGGUUCGGUUGAAACGGCAAAUGGAAAAACCCACGGCGGAGACGAUGGAUGAAGGGGAAAAUUCAAUGGGACAAAACUAGUUGUAGGAUUCUCGGCAGAUUAAAUAUAAGAUAUAAUUAUGUUUCUACA